AAGAUAAUUUGUAAAUUCAAAAACAAAAUUAUAAUGAAAAAUUUUCAUUCCACUCAAAAGACCCUACAAAUUGAACUGUUCACAGCAAUGUCCUAACAUUCCGGCGAACGAGGGACACAGAAACUUGACUUCCUGUCGCUCAAAUCGUCAACUCUUCAUUCUUGAUGUUGCUUGUUAUCUGUCCAUGGUGGUGAAACAAAAGUAUACCCACGUAUGCAUAUUCUUCUCUGAUCUGCUUCGCUACUCAAUAUUUUCCUGUCAAUACUCAAAACUAUCUACUCACGUCCUCUCAAAACCCAACCGAAAAGACCACAAAGCAAGCAGCUUUCUUGUUUACUGCAAUUCUCAGAUUACUAAAAACGGAAGAAAUGGCAAUAUUGAAGAAGCCGAGUCUAUAUUUAACCGAAUGUCUUCUAGAAAUACAAUCUCUUGGACUGCUAUGCUCACGGCGUAUGCAGAAAAUGGUAAAAUUACGAAAGCAAGGAAACUGUUCGACGAAAUGCCUGACAGAACAACUGCUUCUUAUAAUGCCAUGAUAACGGGAUAUAUUAGAAACAACCGUAAUGUGGAUGAAGCUUAUGGAUUGUUUUGUGAGCUAAUUGAGAAGAACCCGGUUUCUUUUGCGGCAAUGAUCACGGGUUUUGUUCAGGCAAAGAUGUUUGAUAAAGCGAAGGAUUUGUAUGCUGAAAUGCCGGCUGAUUGGCGGGACCCGGUUUGUUCCAAUGCUUUGAUAAGUGGAUACUUGAAAAUGGGAAGAUUGGAAGAUGCAGUUCGAGUUUUCGACCAUAUGGUGGAGAGAGAUGUGGUUUCUUGGACCUCUAUGGUUGAUGGGUAUUGCAAGAUAGGAAGAAUUGUUGAUGCUAGUGGUUUGUUUAGGAGAAUGCCGGAGAGAAAUGUGGUUACUUGGACGGCGAUGAUAAAUGGGUAUUUUAAGGUGGGAUUUUUUGAAAAUGGGUUUGGCUUAUUUCUUAGUAUGAGACAGGAAGGAUUAGUGCGUGUUAAUUCUACUACCUUGACUGUAAUGUUUGAUGCUUGUGGCAAUUUUGGCAGAUUUCGCGAGGGGAUUCAGGUGCAUGCACUGGUUGUCCGCAUGGGAUAUGAACAAGAUUUAUUUCUUCGGAAUUCUAUCAUUACCAUGUAUUGCAGAUUUGGUUGUACCAAUGUGGCCAAGGUAUUUUUUCAAAUGAUGUGCAUCAGAGAUGUUAUUUCUUGGAAUUCCUUGAUUGCUGGUUAUAUCCAAUGUCAUGAAAUUGAAGAAGCUUAUGAACUUUUUCAGAAGAUGCCCAGAAAAGAUAUAGUUUCUUGGACAACCAUGAUCACCGGAUUCUCUAGAUUAGGAAAUGUUGACAGAUGCAUCGAGCUGUUUGGGAUGAUGCCUGAGAAAGAUGAUAUUGCAUGGACUGCUGUAAUUUCUGGGCUUGUAAGCAAUGAGGAGCAGGAGGUCGCAUUUCACUGGUUCAUUGAGAUGCUUCGGAAGGCAGUUAGGCCAAAUCCUGUUACUUUCAGCAUUUUGCUCAGUGCUUCAGCUGGUUUGGCAACCUUAAGCCUUGGGCAACAGAUCCAGGCUCAAGUAUUAAAGAUAGAUAUGGAAUUUGAAGUGUCCAUUCAGAAUUCACUUGUCUCAUUGUAUUCAAAGUGUGGAAAUGUGGAUGACGCUUACCAGGUAUUUACAAGUAUUAUUGAGCCCAAUGUUGUUUCUUUUAACUCGAUGAUUUCUGGGUUUGCUCAAAAUGGACUUGGGAAAGAAGCUCUCAACUUAUUUGCAAAAAUGGAGAAUGAAGGGCAGGAUCCCAACGAGGUAACAUUUCUUGCUGUUCUAUCGGCUUGUACUCAUGUCGGAUUAGUAGAGGUAGGAUGGAAACAAUUUAAAUCAAUGAAAUCUUCAUAUGGCAUAGAACCAGGGCCCGAUCACUAUGCAUGCAUGGUUGAUCUCCUUGGUCGAGCUGGAUUUCUGGAUGAAGCAACUGAUCUGAUCUCUUCAAUGCCUUUUAAAUCUCAUCCUGGGGUUUGGGGAGCCCUUCUUGGAGCUAGCAAGACUCAUUUCCGUCUUGACCUUGCAGAGCUUGCAGCUCAGAAGCUUAUGGAGUUGGAGCCUGAUAGUGCAACCCCAUAUGUGGUCUUGUCCCACUUGUAUUCUGUUGUUGGAAAAAAGAAGGAUGGUGAUCAACUAAGGAAUGCAAAGAAAUCCAGGGGCAUAAGGAAGAGCCCGGGAUGCAGUUGGAUUGUUUUGAAGGACAAAGUUCAUCUGUUUCUUGCAGGUGAUCAAUCUCAUAUGUAUUUAGAAGAGACUAAACUUAUACUGCAAACAAUUGCAAAUGAGCUAGAAGAAGAGCUGGAUGUGUAAUAUUUGUAAGUUUCUUGAUAAAAAGUCGCAGAAAUCUCUCUGGUUGUGAUAAGCUCAACCAUCAGGAUUCAAACUGGAAGAAUUUUCUUCCAAAGUUUUGCGAUCAUAAUUUCAUGCUUGACCAUACACGAAAUACAGAUUAGUAGGGAGACAAACUGGGAAAAGAGUAUUUUUCGUCCUUGCUGAAGCAUUUAUGUGUAGUGGGUGGAGCUCACUUCCUAAAUCUGCCUUUCUUUUCUUCUCUUUACUGCUAGAGUCAACACUUGCUCUACCAGUGAUUCCAGCUCCGUAUCUCCACUAUUAAAAUUGUCAAAAUUGCUUCCUCCGUCACGGAUUUGCAAGCAGCACUAGCUAGAGGUAGUAAAUCCACCAAGCUUACCUAUUUACCAUGUUUUUCAGCAUUUUCCCACAUGUUUUCCUCAAUCAACUACAUAUGUUAUUCGAUGAAGAAAAGUGGUAGAUAUCCGUUAACAAUCGUGAGAUAGCAAGCGGUCCUAGAUGCUUUUAUCAUUGAAGUAAAUGUGAAUCUUUAUGGUAUUCACGUAUGAGAAGUAUAAAGAUAUCUUUUGUGAAAUAUGGAAAACUUUAUGAUGAUUUGGAUACAAUGUUGCUGUUUUCUCAGGUUCAGGCAGGCACCACAAUAGAAGCGCCCUUGGAUUUCAGCUAUUGAAUCAAUUUGGUCCUUGUCUUUUUCCUUUUUAUAUAUUUGUAUACACAUUAAAACAUAUAUCUAUAUAUAAGAUCAUAUAUUUAUUGUCUC